AUGGCCAGUCACAUUAUCAGCAAUCGGAAUAGCACUCCAGAAGCUUCCAAAUCCUCUCUUCGUCCUCCUUCGUCCUCCCGUAACCUAGGUUCGCACCAGCUUCGAGCAUCCGCCGAUAUGUCAGGUUUCCCUUCCCCCCUGUCCUCACGCAGCAUUCGUCCUGCAUCCGAGGUGUAUUUCAACCAGCAGGCUCAGACACCGAAUAACACGGAGGAUCCUCUGGACCGGGCGGCACAGCAAUGGCUGGCAGAUAUUGACCAGUAUGAAACCACACUUGAGGAGAUGGCAGCAGCGACGUUGGACCAGGAUUUCAAGGAUGAGCUCUCUGCCAUCGAACAGUGGUUCCGCGUGCUCAGCGAAGCGGAGCGAACGGCUGCGCUCUAUGCUCUGCUUCAGCAGACCACCCAAGUGCAGAUUCGUUUCUUUAUCCAGGUUUUGCAGCAGAUGGCCAAAAGCCAUCCCAUGUCUGGACUCUUGUCUCCUGCAAACUUUGGAGAGAAAGAUGCUAUGUCCAACCGUCUGAAUGAUGCAAUGUCGAAGCUCAAUGUGGACAGCUCCCGGAACUCUCUGGGUCGCCCUCCUCCCUCCCCCGGUGCGAAGCGCAACUCCGGUCUGGAUUCGUCUACCAUCAACGCCAUGUUCCCCGAUGCCGCCGCCGCAAUCGCGAAAAAGAAGGCUGAGUUCACCCAACAGACGGGCAACGCACCUCCUUCCAACCGAAACAGCGCUGUUUUUGGUGAUCGUGCGUCCUUUGUCCCACCCACAAUCUCUGCUCCGGAUAAUAAUGCGGACAACUUGGGCCAGCCGCCUGUGUCGCCGUGGGCUCAACGCGGUGCGUCUGAACCCCAGCCACCAAUUGCGCGGCCCAAGUCGUCCUCUGGCCAGCAACCCAUGGGCCAGUUCAGUCAAUCCAGUCUGCGCUCGCCUCUUCCUACCCAGACUGCUACCAUUCCAGCCCCCGAGAUCGAUGCCCCCUUGUUGUCACCGUAUAAUGUUGGAAAUGCCAGCUGGGCUUCCAUGACCAACACCCCAAUGACGGCAACCUUUGGGCACCACAGCCAGGGCCCCCACCAACAGGCUUCUCAGGCUGAUAUGGUGGCUAAUGCUACUGCCAUGAAGCUGGCUGCACUUUCGACUGUGAAUAACCGCAUAGCGCUGGACGAUGCCCGCAAGUACCGUCGUGCUCGCUCAAAUGAUGGCCAGGGAAAGAAUGCCGUGACAAACCCUACCGCUCAUACCCUGCCCCCAGGUGGCCUGGCUAGUCCAGGUCUGCCCGGAGCCAACCACCUCGUUGCCGGGCAGCUUUUGAAUGCUCAGCAAUUCGCUGCCUUGCAGGCGCAGCAACAGGCUGCAAUGGUGGGCCGGCGAUCCCGGCCAACGUCCCCUGGCAUUGCUAUGCAGGGUGGCGCUCUUGGACCUAUGGGAUUCACCUCCCCCCAGAACAAUGGAUUCCUAGCUGCUUAUGACCCUAACAAUCCCCUAAUGGGUAAUGGAUUAGGUGCUCUUGGCAUUGGGCAGUUCGGACUUGGUGGUCAUGAGGGCUAUCUUUCUGACCAUUCGGAGGUUGCUCGUGGUCGCUCCCCGCGCGGUCGUCGUGGAAGCUCGAAGCCACCAGAGGACCCCACUGACCCCAACCUUCUCAAGGAUAUCCCUAGCUGGCUAAGAUCUCUGCGUUUGCAUAAAUACACGGAUAACCUGAAGGAUUUGAAGUGGACCGAACUGGUUGAGCUGAGUGAUAAGCAACUGGAGGACCGUGGUGUCAAUGCCCUGGGCGCUCGGAACAAGAUGCUGAAGGUUUUUGAACAAGUUAGGGAAGCUAAAUCUGAGGGAAAGCUUGAUAACAUUGCGUGA